AUGAAGAGAAGGUAUUGUCCUGUUGUUUUACGCUCUCUCCUUGGAGUAUCAUCAUCAUCUCGUAGUGGAAAAGGCUUGAAUUCAAUCAAUUUUUCCUCAACUUUGCAAGCCAAUCUAACAAAAAACAUUUCGAAUGGAAUGUUAUGUUCCGAGAAUUUUCAUCAUCAUCAUCACGGAAGAAGUAUUGGUUUGGAUUAUAUUAAAACAGCUUUUAAAGCUUUUUCAAAGAGUGAAACUGUAAAUUCGGAACCAAAGACUGCUAGUAGUGAAAAACAAAUUCAAAACGAGUCAUCUACAAGUACAACAAUAAUUGAUUCCGAAUUUUCCAAGGAUAAAGAAUACAAGAAAUUGGAAUCCAUGGAAAAGAAGAGAAGAUUUGAGAAUAUUAUUAAUUAUUACGUGUUAAAUUGCAAGAAAAAGCCACUUGCUAAUCCAGAUAGAGAUUUUGCUCUCUACAAAUUCUUUUUGAAUGCCUUUUCAAUGAUUAGACAGGCUCACAGUGCUUUGGAUUGUUUAAACGAGUUGAAGGAAAAAACUCACAAACCAAUUCCGAGCAGUUAUUGUGAUAUUGUCAUUCAUUCAUUACUUUCUUCGGGAAGAGAGGAAGAAGCUACAGCUCUCCUUAAGGAAAUGGAAAACACAAUGAAUUUAGUAAUUGAAGGACCAGACAAAACUACAUAUACUAGAUUUUUCGAAUACUAUUCAAAGGAAGGUAAACUGUAUCCUGCUUUAUCGUUAUUAGAGUCCGUUCACAAACAAUACUCUAUCGAUAAAGCAACUAAACAAACAAUGAAAUAUCAGCCAGUUCCUCCAGAUUUUCCAAUGUUUAAAGCUGCUCUGAAACUGCUGACUGAACAAGGAAAAAUGAAAUUGGCCUCUAACUGUCUUUAUUUAAUGACCAAACAUUACAAAAUAGAUGUCAAUGCUCCAAUUUAUGAAUUAUUUUUGAAUGGUUAUUGCAAAAUGGGAGAUAUUCACUCAGCUAAGGGAUACUUUGAAAGUAUUAAAUCCUUACAAAAGGCAGGACAUGCAUCAUUGAAUACAUUAAGAUUAACAUAUAUUACUUUCAUCAAGGCACUCUGUGAAAGUGGAGAUCUCAACUCUGCCGAAGAAGUUUUGAAAGAGUUUCAUGAAAGAAAAUUCCAGGAAGAUCCAGCUUUAAUUGGAGCAUUUAUUGAGGGACAUGCCAAAACAGGAAAUAUUCAAGCUGCUCUGGAUAUUUAUCAUCAGUCUAGGGAAGCAGGAUUACAUAUUUUCCCAAGUUCAUUUGCAUCUUUGAUAAGGUCUUUUUGUAAGAUGGGCAAUUUUGAAAUGGCCAACAGAAUUCUUGAGGAAGCUUUUACUACCUUUAAGGGAACAAGAGGUGAUGAGCCAUUGUCAUACUGUUCUAACUUUUUACUGAGAGGAUAUUUGGAUGCAGGAAAGCUUGUAGAAGCUUCCCACCUUUUUGAAAAGAUGAAGUCAAGCGGUCAAAAGAUAACUUCACACACAUAUAACUCAUUAAUUAACGGAUUUUGCAAAGCAAAUAAUCAACAAAGAGCUAUAGAAAUUGUUGGAGAAAUGAAAAACUCUCAUGUUCAGCCAGAUAUUUACUCAAUAGCACCAAUUAUUCAAUCAUUCUUACAGAGCAAUAACUUGGAGAAUGCUCAAAUGUUUUUGGAUUUUGCAACUAAAAAGUUUAACAUCAAGACAAAUUUCCACAUUUGUUGCAUGUUUGUUCAAUAUGGUACUGUGCAAAGAAAUGCAGAAAUUGUUAAUCAAUAUUAUCAAAAGGGUAUUGAAUAUGCUAAGAAAAAUAGCUCUGAGAAUUCUUUAUACUUUUACAAUCAGGUACUUAAUUAUCAUGCAAUUUUCGGUAAUGUUGAAUUGUGUGAAAAAGUGCUAUUAGAUAUGGCUAACAUGUAUACCCAUCCAAACACUAUCUCCUAUCUUUACACCAGUACUGCUUUCGCUUUGCAAUCCAAAUUCUUAGAAUCUAGGAAAUAUUUACAAAAGGUACCUGGCAUUACUGUAGACGAAAAUAGUAAGGAGGCACUGAGUUUGCCAGAAUUGAAAUUUAUAUUUCUCAAACUUAUUGAAACCAAGUCUUUUUCAUUAGCAAACACAUUACUAUAUGAUUGUCUUUUGCCAAAUGGCAUUGUUGAUUUGGAUAUCUUGCACACUGGAAUGAAAUUGAAUCUUGAAGUUGUGGACAGAGUUCAAAAAUUAUAUGAUUCAUGUAUCAAGUAUAGUAUUGAACCAGUUAGAGAAACAGAAGACCUUUUGCUUAAAUCCAAGAGAAUGGCAGAAAGUGAAAGCAUUACAGAAGUAUCAGACUUUGUAAAAGUGGUACGAUAUUAA